AUGAGAACCGUCAUUUGCCUUUUGGCUGUCGUGGUUGUAGCUUUCGGAGCAUCGAUUGAUGGAGUCAAGAAUGAGAAAUUGGUGAACGUCGAAGAAGUCGGGAAAGUCUGCCCACGAUGUGUUGAAGAAAAGAAAGUGGAGCCAAUUGUAGAGAAAUGUGGGCCUCGCUGUAUCGAGAAGAAAAUGAAAGAAGCAGCGGCUGUUGUCGACGUUCAGGCCUGUGGUCCUCGUUGUAUGGAAGAGAAGGGACUCGUCGGCAAAUGUGGGCCGCGUUGCAUCGAGAAGCUCUCUCUUCCCAAAGUCAAGGCUUGUGGACCGCCGAAAUGCAAC